AUGACGAACCCGACGAGAAACUUCAGCCUGCGCAACGUCAACACUUCUACAACAGUCAAGUCAACUGACUCCUAUAUAGCAAGCAAACCGCAGCUUGCCCGGACAGAAUCUCAACAGUCCGUGGCUGCAUCAGACGACUACUAUUCAUUCUCAGAUCGAGCUCCUUCUAGCCCUGAGAGUGUAGCGACUAUCAUGCGGUUCAGGACUCCAGACUCGCAUGCACCAUCACCUGCCAUGUCGCAGAUACACCUUGCCCAAGAAGAUCUCGAGUCUCAACGCCCACCAACAUCCAGCACUGUCCGGUUCGCAGAAGACAGACCGGCUCACAUCAGUCCUAUAUCCGACGCGGCAAGAUCAGAUGAGACUGCUCACCGAUCUCCCAAUGAUUACCCGGGACCAGCCCCGACCCCAGGCAUGGACGACUCCCCAUACGUCCGGUUUGCAAUCGACCAGCUCACCCAGGACAGAGCUCGGGGAGUCCAAAGGAAUGACUCGAUUUCCACGACGACGACAAGCGACUAUCCAACUGAUAGGCUGGUAUGGGAUGAGGGACUCGGUUAUUUCACCCGCACGCGCACCCCCAUUCGACAUGACACGCCUCCAGUGAGACCGUCGUAUACGUCUCCUUCACCGCAGGCUUUGCCGCAAAGGCCAGCCUCCGUCGACCCUGAGUCCUUUAUGGCCAUUGAUGCGCCAGAGCAGAGCUUGUUGUAUCCAGCUUUGGACUACUUGCCUCUUGUUCUGCGGCCGUGGGCUUUGGCGCUCACGAUCUUUUGUUGUCUGCUCAUGAUGGCCGGUAUAGUGUUUUGCAAUGUUUGGUCCCGUGGUGAGGACGGGCUAUGGAACUACGUGCGUCAAGGUGAUUCGAGGUACUUUGUGCUUCAGUUCCUACCACAGAUAGUUGCUGCGCCCAUCAUCAUCUGGUUGUUCGUCAUUCAGGCUGCUGUAUAUCGCAUAGCACCUUUUUCUAUGAUGUCGGCAGAGCGACAGGAAGGUCUAGUAAUGAACCACCUGCCUAUUCUCUCAAAAAGCUUUAUCUUCCCAGACUUUUCUCAUUUUCGACAUGGAGAAGCCUUGUUCGGAUUCUCUCUGUUCACAAUUUGGCUUUCAAACUUCUUCGCCAUCCCUCUCCUCAGCUGUCUCUUCCAGGCAAAAUAUUAUAUCAUUGACGGACAAGGUGUCUGGAGAUGGGCUUCGGUCCAAUCUGUGGGCUGGACAUUGGUGGGAUUAUAUGGUGUUCUGACACUAGGCUUGAUCAUGCUUUUCGUCCGUUUCCUUUGUGGCCGGUCCGGCUUGAUGUGGGAUCCCGUCAGCCUCGCGGAUCUGAUCUCAAUUAUUCAACGGUCAAACAUCCUCCACGACUUCGAGCACUCCGAGACAGUACCCUCAGUGCGAGAAUCGCUUGAUCCCCGAGUCCUUCGACUGGGCUACUGGAAACUCUCAAGCAAGACCGAGGUGUUCUACGGCAUCGGCGAAGUAGACGCUCCUGUGCGCACCCCAUCUCUCCAUCAGACUGGUAAAAGCCGAGAGAACCAGUCUCAUGGACUAUCCAAGGUUUGCUUUGAUCUUGAGCACAACGGUGCAUUCGCCAAUGGCCCAAAAGACCAUCACCUAUACUCGCCAUCCGCGCGUUACCGCUGGACACCUUGGUUCCUGCGCAAAAUCCCAGUAUUUAUUUGGAUUGUCAUUGUCUUCGCCCUCUUCAUCGCUUUCGUUGCCGUUAGCUUCAUCAACAGCGCCAUCGAGGGCGGCUUCCCUCCCAGGCUCCCAAGUCUCCCAUCGGAAAGCGCAUUCUCCUCCUCAAAUUUCCUAUAUAGCUUCAUUCCCGCAUUAAUUGGCAACGUCCUCUUCCUCGCCUGGCAACCCGUCGACGUAUACUCCCGCGCUCUCCAACCAUACGCCGAGCUCUCAUCCCCCAGCGGUGCAUCUGCCGAGCGGAGCAUUCUACUCUCCUACCCAUCCUCGUUCCCAUUCCAAGUCACUAUCCAGGCUAUCAUCAACCGCCACUUCAAAGUCGCCUGGAUCUCUCUCAUGAGCCUGCUGUCACUCGCUAUCCCCAUUCUCGCCGGUGGCGUGUUCACCGCCCUCUGGUUCCCUUCUCAAGACGACAUCCGCAUUUCUGCCUUUUUGCCAGCAUUCUACGCUUUGAUCGGCUUCUGUGGUAUAUAUGCCGUAUCCUUCUUGGCAAUCUGGCCGGGUCGUCGUCGCUAUCUCCCACACGAUAUCACCACCUUGGCUGAUCUAAUGAGCUACCUUUACCAGUCGCCUCUUCUAUCUGAUAAGAUCCUGCGCGAGCCGAGGAGCAAGACUGACCUCGUCACUCGUCUUAUCGUUGCUCCGCCAUCUGAGCGCCAGCUGCCUUUGUACGGCUUUGGCAUUUAUGUCGGUCGUGACGGUAAGGAGCAUCUUGGUAUCGAUCGCUUCCAUCGGCCUGGUCGGUCUGAUAUGCUUAUUACCACGGGUAAUAUGAAAUAA